AUGGAAGAAAGCAAAGAAGAAGCAGAGGCAGCACUACAGAAGAAGUACUCGUCAAUGGUGGAACGGCUCAACAAACGCCACCAAUCCCGUUCAGACAAUAACAACGAAUCGGAAUCAUCUUCAUCCCCUGCCUUCGAGUCCACAUCAUCCUUCCUCACCCGAUUCUCCAACCUGAAAUCCUCCAUUGAAUCCCAAUUCACUCACUCCCAUUCUCUUUUCUCUUCUGACCCAUCGCAGUUCAAACCCCAUUUCGAACAAAUCUCAACAUCAAUCUCCCAUUUGGAGAAGCUUAUUGCAGAAAACUCCUACUUCCUUCCCUCCUACGACGUUCGAUCCUUCCUAAAAACCAUCACCGAUUUAAAACACACCUUAGAAACUCUCAUCUUCCAACUUCUCCCUAAGAAGAAGUUCUCCUUCAAGAACAUGGCUACCACCAAGAAAGACACUACCAACAACAACAACAACAACACUGUUACUCCACAAGAAUCCAAAUAG